AUUUUAUUUGUGAUGAGAGGUUUCUUUGCUAUCACAAGAGCUUUUGUAGCUCCCAUUGCAAAAUCCACUUUCAAAUUCUCAAGCUAACAACAGAAAAUUCAAAUGAGAAUGUAUGUUUAAUAUUACAUCUUUUAGUGUGCUCAAUCAAAUAAAUCAAAUUAUUAGACUGUCUUCCACUAUGUCAGGAUUGAGAAUUGCUAACUAAUACGAUUUGUCACUAUUUUCCUUAUUAGAGGAGGCUAAAGGUAUGUCUAAUAUAUUAAUUUUAGGUAAUUUAUUUAUAUAUUAUGAAAAUUAAGAUGACUCUGUUGAGGUGGAUAUCAGGCAGAUUGGCUUACACUUAGGAUGUUCUAUUACCCCUUGAUUAAGC